CGGAUAUAGUGAAUGCGGGGUCCGGGGAGAGCGGAUAUAGUGAAUGCGGGGUCCGGGGAGACCGGAUAUAGAGAAUGCAGGGUCCGGGGAGACCGGAUAUAGGGAAUGCAGGGUCCGGGGAGAGCGGAUAUAGUGAAUGCAGGGUCCGGGGAGAGCGGAUAUAGUGAAUGCAGGGGUCCGGGGAGACCAGAUAUAGUGAAUGCAGGGUCCAGGGAGAGCGGAUAUAGUGAAUGCAGGGUUCGGGGAGACCAGAUAUAGUGAAUGCGGGGUCCAGGGAGAGCGGAUAUAGUGAAUGCAGGGUUCGGGGAGAGCGGAUAUAGUGAAUGCUGGGUCCUGGGAGA